AUGCCAAAAGACAAGAUCAGGCCCUCCCCAUUUCCCCGAUUUCUUCUCCCUUCAUUUCCUAAGAGACGAGAUGUGGGGACCGAACCAAGCUCCCCAGACCCCACUUCAAGUUCAAAGUACCUCGACGGUCAUAUAUCUUAUCUCCAGUGCACAGGAUGCGCCGCACAUCUCUGCCUGACAUCCCAAAUCAUCAGUAAAGGCUUCACAGGCCGACAUGGACGCGCAUAUCUUGUAUCCGCCGACUCGGGAACCGCAGUAUCUAUUAGUGCCUCGUCAUCUCCUAAAACAUCCCUACCUAAUACCAUCUUACACCACCCAGUUCCCCGGCAACUAGUCACGGGAGCCCAUACGGUUAGUGAUAUCAGUUGUGAGAUCUGCGGAGCUGUAUUGGGAUGGAAAUAUGUUGCUGCGGAAGAAGAAUCUCAACGAUAUAAAGUGGGCAAGUUUAUUCUGGAGACGAAGAGGAUCGCUACAUCGUCGUGCUGGGAGUCCCCGCCGGAUCUUAACUUGCCGGGUUCGAGUUCUGGAAAGACUCAAGGAAGAGUGGACGAGGCAGAUCCUCCAGAGUUGGAAUUUGAUAGUCAAGAUGAAGACGAGUGCGAAGACCUCUUUGCGGGAAUUUGGAGUCCUGGGCUGGCCACGAGACGCAGAAAUCGGAAGUUGAUUGAACGACGAUCGAACAUGUUUGGACUAUCUUGA